GCAAUAUACAGGGCCUGUUGUCAAAUAGAAGCUGUUGAUAAGUCAGCACUGAGGAUUUAACCCACGACUGAGCCUGUGCUCGCUCUGGAAGCUGCUCCUCUCUGUAUACAGCAAUAUACAGAGCCUGCAAAGGGGUGCUGAGCAAUAGACAGACCCUGCAACCCUACAACAGGGUGCUGUGCAAUAGACAGACCCUACAACAGGGUGCUGUGCGGUACACAGACCCUACAACGCCUAUAGGGUUCUGUGCCAUACACCGAUCACUGGACCCGAGCCUGCAUACCGGUCACUGGAUCCCCUGCGUCCACCGCACCGGCAUCUGGACCCUUGGAAUACUCUGGGAUCUUGUGGAUCUAAACCACCCCCCCCCCCUGGAGCCUGAAUUUCUAAAGAGAGGGGCUCCCUGAUCUAGUGGAUCCUGUGCAUUGGGGGGGCGGCUUGGGAUUCCCGCGCCAGCUGUGCCCUGGGAUCUACUGGAUCUGGCGGUUUUGGGGAUUUGGUGGAUUUUUCUUUUUUUUUUUUCUUGGUUGUUUAGGAUUGGCGAAGCGAUCUCGCAGAGCGACCGUAUGCGGCGAAUCUAGUGGAUCCUUCUUCUUUCUUGUGGUGGAUCCGGCGGAAACGCGGGCUGUGACGCUCCAUGGCUCUCGCGCACCUUUCGCCUUCGCAGAAGGAGCCGGAGAGGGAGAAGGAGGAGGAGAGCGAGGAUGAGAGCGAGGUGCUGGAGGAGAGCCCCUGUGGGCGCUGGCACAAAAGGAAGGAGCAGGUGAAUCAGGGGAACAUGGCGGGCAUCGAGUGCACCUACCUGGCGAUGGACACGGAGGAGGGGGUGGAGGUGGUGUGGAAUGAGCUGCAUUUCACAGAUAAAAAAGUCUUCAAGACUCAAGAGGACAAGAUCCGUACCAUGUUCCAGAAUCUGAUGGUCAUCGAUCACCCCAACGUGGUGAAGUUCCACAAAUACUGGCUGGAUGUGAAGGAGUCUUCCGCACGGGUAGUCUUUAUCACGGAAUACGUCUCAUCUGGAAGUCUCCGGCAGUUUCUGAAGAAAACUAAGAAGAAUCAUAAAACAAUGAAUGCGAAGGCCUGGAAGAGAUGGUGCACCCAGAUCCUGUCGGCACUCAGCUACCUGCACUCUUGUGACCCGGUCAUCAUACAUGGAAAUUUGACCAACGACACCAUCUUCAUCCAGCACAACGGUCUCAUCAAGAUUGGGUCAGUCUGGCACCGAGUAUUCGCAAACGAGCUUCCUAUGCCAGACCAUCUCCGGACUCCGCUGAAGACGCAGAAAGAGGAACAUCGAACCAUCCAUUUCUUCCCUCCAGAGUACGGCUCUAUAGAAGAGUGUACCGCUGUGGAUAUCUUCUCUUUCGGGAUGUGUGCUCUUGAGAUGGGCGUGCUGGAGAUCCAGUCCAAUGGGGACAAAGUGUUGGAGGAGAAUGUGAAGCGAGCGAUCCACGCCUUGGAGGACCCCAAUAUGAAGGAAUUUAUCCUGCAGUGUCUCUCGACUUCCCCGAAUAAACGUCCGUCUGCGCACGACCUUCUCUUCCACCGCGUCUUAUUUGAGGUUCAUUCGCUGAAGCUCCUAGCAACGCACUGCUUCCUCAACACCCCCUACAUCACACAGGAUAGCCUGUUGGAAGAGAAGACCAAACUGAUCGACCCUCAGGGUAUCAUGGCUUCUGUGCCACGGAAGGGGCAGUCGGCUGUGCUUUGGAGGUAUUCCCAGGUUGGGUCUAUGGAGCUGGACAAGUUUCUGGAAGAUGUCAGAAAUGGGAUUUACCCACUCAUGAACUUUGCCGUCUCUCGUCCUCAUGUCCUACCACGCGCCCUCUCGCAGUCUCAGGAGGAUCUACAGACGGUGAAGACCCCCACUCCGGAGCCGGUGGAGGUGGAGACUCGGAAGGUCACCCAAAUGCACUGUAGCCUGGAGCGCAGGGAAGACAAGGCCCGCUUACAUCUCACCCUCUACCUGAAGCUGGAGGACAAGCUGCACCGACACCUGAGCUGUGACCUGCUGCCCAAUGAAAGCUCUCAGACGCUGGCCUCUGAACUCGUCCAUCACGGCUUUAUCAGCGAGGACGACUGUCAGAAAAUGGCCAACUUUCUGGAAGAGGCUCUCAUCAAACAGCGCUCCCCUCUGAACUGACCGCAGCGCCAGAGUGGAUCGUCUCUGGAAUACGGAAGCAGGAGGCUUGUGAGCGGGACGGGGGUGUGACACAGAGUUACUGCCCCAAGGGGUGUGGCCUGGGGGUGGCUGUUUGUGACAUCCGGCCCCUGCGGGGAGAGGCGGCACUGGGAAAAUAUGGAAGAAACGCCAGCCGAAGUCAACAAAAGACGAUGCAAACUUACUGUUGGGACAAGGCAAGCUCGAUGCAUCUCCUUGGUGGUCAAUGGAUUGAUUGUAUGGCAGACAUUCAGCUUUUUGUGAAUAGCGAUUCAUCAGUAGACCCCGCUGAUCGGGGCGGGGGUCCCUUGUGCUAUUUUUCUGUUACUGCUACAAGUAUUAGUGACUGUACAGUCCUCAGAAGGUGAAGAAACUUGUUUGUGAUCCUGCUGAGCUGGUUGAACUGCUUCAAACAUCUGAAGAAAAGCAUGUUUCCGAAUCGUUUUAUUAAUUGCACGGCCAGCUGGGUAAAUCCCGAUUCUAUAUGAGGAAGCGAGACUCCUUUUUUGUGAGCCUGAAAUAAUUUCCAUUUUUAUGUAUAAUUUGCUUCUUUGUGCUGCCAUAACACCCUAAUACCUGAAACGUGUGACUGCCAGGGCUGGUGGGUACGAAACAACUGGAAAUUGCAUAAAGGGGGCGUUUUUUUUUUUUGGUUUGUCACAUGGGGCAGUGCGGUUCUUCCAUUGUUGAGUUGAUUUGAAAUUUCAGCUGGUGUAAAGGAAAUUGAUGGAACAUUAAUAUGAAGAUUAGUCCUUUUAUUUCUGUGAA